AUGCUAUUGAUGAAUAUAGUGAUGUUCUACUCGUGCUAUUCGCAAUUUACGCAACGUUUUCAAGCAAAAAGACUAACAGAAGAUGGAUCACGUAGCGGACGUCCGUACGUCACGACGCAUGCCCAAGACCCCUAUAUUCGGAACACCCAGCUGCUCAAUCACCUCCAAACUGCAUCAGCUAUUGUUGCUAAAACCCAUGUUACACAUAUCAACCGUUUAUCUACCAAAACUGUGCGAAAUCUUUUGCGAAAAGGUGGGUUACAUGGACGUCGACCAUACGUUGGAUGUGUUUUGAGGCGACGUUACCCUAUGCUGCUCGUUGCAACACUUGCUCUCAUCUUUGGCGGAUAUUGUGAAAGCGCCCUCUAUAGUCGGAAUGCGGUCACAAAUCCAGCACGACUUUGGCCAAACGGAAAAAUACCGUACACGUUCCAUGGACAAAUUGAUGCCUAUCGAAAAGUACACAUGUUAGCGGCAAUGAAACAAGUCAUGUUAAGUACUUUCAGCAACGAGACACCAUGUAUAUCCUUUGUUCCAAGGACCUCUGAAGCUGACUAUAUUGAAAUACAAUUUGCAGGACUUGGAGGGUCUGGCAGUAAUGUGGGACGUACAGGUGGGAAACAAACACUUUCGGUGAGUUCUUCCCCUACCCAUGAUGAACUCGUCCGGGGUCUGAUGUUCAUUAUAGGUGUUCAUCCGGAAGUCGCGCGCCCAGAUCGUGACAAUAUUCUUGAAAUCGUUACUAGUAACAUUGACUCCGCUUUUUUGGGAAGCUUCCGGAUUGAGCAAGACACCGACACAUUCAGACAGCCAUUUGACUACGAUACUGUUGUCAUGUAUGGGCCGUACUCAUUUGCAAUUGACCCUUCUACGCCCAGCAUUAAGACGAAAUAUGAUGGUUUUACUAUAGGACAAUCAAUAUCGAUGAGUUCAGGUGACGUCACUCUAGUACAGCACGUGUACAAAUGUUCCUUAGAUUCAAGUCAUAGAGUCGAUGUGUUAGGCCCAUUACAGUUUGAGUGUCACUUUCAUUUCGACUUGUGCCAGUUUAAGCAGGAUACACAAGACGAUUUUGACUGGGUAUUGCGAGAAGGGCCGACUGCAACCACUGGUACUGGUCCCAACGCCGAUCACAGUAGUGGAUCGGGCAGUUACGGCCUUGCUAUAGCUAGCGGGCACCAUAAUCAAGUAGCUAGACUGACUACACCGAAUCUUCCAGCAGGAACGUACUGCUUUGUUCUCUGGCUGCACGCUUAUGGAAACGAUGUUGGUCAGCUGCGAGUCCUGCAGCGUACUGUGGACGGAGAAAAGUCACUUAUGGGUGUAUCUAAGACACCCGUUAAUCAAUGGUAUCAUGGUUCAGCUACGGUCACAUCGCCACAUAGCCAAGUUUCCGUGAUUCUAGAAGCACAUAUUGGUAACGGUGACAUGGGUGAUAUUGCUGUUGACGAUAUAUAUAUCUACAAUGGAAAAUGCAUUGACUGGUAUUAGUCAUCCUAAAAGUUUCUUGAAGUUAACUGUUAUACUUGUACACCUAAAAUGAAUAAAUUUGGUAAGAUAAAUUUCGUUUAAUUUAA